AAUUGUCACAUAAUCACGGAAAAUCGAUGUUAUCUCAAUUCUCAACAAUGAGAUAAUAAAACUAUUCGUUGAAGUUCUUGAGAGAGAAGCAGAGCGCCACAGUCCGCCAUGGUAGUAUGCCCUUCUCCUCUUGCCACUGAAACCCGCUCCACUUCCUCCAUGAAUUCUUGCUGACUUCAAUUUCCCUCCUUACCUCCACAAAAACAAAACAAAAAUGGCGCUCUGCCCGCCUUCUAUUCUAUCUUCUUGCCCAGCUCACCGGCUCAAGUUCAAUCCUUUUCUUCUCACCAAGCACCGCCCUCUUCCCUCCACCCUCUCUAAAUGCCGUCCUUCUCUCACAACCCUAUCUCCCUGGCAAUUCAACCGUCUCGGCCCAAGGUUCUUCGCAGUUCUGGUGAUCGAGGGAACUCGACCAACGAGCCGCGGAUAAUUACGAUGAAUGCAGCUGCUGCAGUAGCUGCACCGGAAAAUGGCGUGUUUACUUCUCCAGAGUUGGCAAAGUCGUUUGAUUUUUCUGCGGAGGAACGAAUUUAUAAUUGGUGGGAAUCACAAGGGUACUUCAGGCCAUCCUUUGAUCGGGGAACUGAUCCGUAUGUGAUAUCAAUGCCACCUCCCAAUGUUACUGGGUAUCUCCAUAUGGGGCAUGCCAUCUUCGUCACUCUUGACGAUAUCAUGGUGAGAUACCAUCGAAUGAAAGGAAGACCAACAUUGUGGAUUCCUGGGACAGAUCAUGCUGGGAUUGCAACUCAGCUGGUUGUAGAGAAAAUGCUUCAAAGUGAAGGGAUGAAGAGGACUGAAAUGGGGAGAGAUAAUUUCAUAAACCGUGUGUGGGAGUGGAAAGAAAAGCAUGGUGCAAGAAUAACAAAUCAGAUUAAAAGAUUAGGAGCUUCCUGCGAUUGGACCAGAGAGCACUUUACUCUUGACGAGCAGCUAAGUCGAGCUGUGAUAGAGGCUUUUAUCAAGCUUCAUGACAAAGGCCUAAUCUACCAAGGUUCUUACCUGGUAAACUGGUCCCCUAAUUUACAGACUGCAGUUUCUGACUUGGAAGUUGAAUAUUCUGAAGAACCUGGUACUCUGUAUCACAUCAAGUAUCGUGUUGCUGGAGGUACAAGGAGCGACUUCUUAACAGUAGCAACAACUCGCCCUGAGACUUUAUUUGGUGAUGUUGCUAUCGCAGUGAAUCCAGAUGAUGAUCGCUAUUCUAAAUAUAUUGGAAAGAUGGCAAUUGUACCCAUGACAUAUGGUCGCCAUGUACCUAUAAUCUCUGAUAAGUAUGUUGAUAAGGAAUUUGGGACUGGUGUAUUGAAGAUAAGCCCCGGACAUGAUCAUAAUGAUUAUACUCUUGCUCGAAAGCUUGGUCUCCCAAUACUUAAUGUGAUGAAUAAGGAUGGGACUCUCAAUGAUGUUGCUGGAUUGUACUGUGGUCUUGAUCGAUUUGAAGUACGAAAGCAACUAUGGUCGGAUCUUGAGGAGACAGGCUUAGCUGUGAAAAAGGAGCCGCAUACCCUAAGAGUGCCUCGAUCACAGCGAGGUGGAGAGAUAAUAGAGCCCUUGGUAAGUAAGCAGUGGUUUGUGAAUAUGGAAUCCCUGGCUAAAAAGGCCCUUCAUGCAGUUCAUAAAGGAGAGAUAACCGUAAUGCCUGAAAGAUUUGAAAAGAUUUAUAAUCAUUGGCUAUCAAACAUUAAGGAUUGGUGCAUAAGCAGACAGCUUUGGUGGGGACACCGGAUACCUGUUUGGUACAUUGCAGGGAAAAGUGGUGAAAAUGACUAUAUAGUUGCUCAUAAUGAAGUCGAAGCCCUAGGGAAAGCUCGUGGAAAAUAUGGAGAAGAUGUGGAAAUAUAUCAAGAUUCAGAUGUUCUUGACACAUGGUUUUCAAGUGCUUUGUGGCCCUUUAGCACUCUUGGAUGGCCUGAUGAAUCAUCAGAAGAUUUUAAGAGGUUCUACCCAACAACAAUGCUUGAAACUGGGCAUGAUAUUUUGUUCUUCUGGGUAGCAAGGAUGGUCAUGAUGGGAAUUGAGCUUACCGGGAAAGUUCCAUUUUCAAAUAUUUAUCUUCAUGGACUUAUUCGGGAUGCACAAGUGAGUUUGAGCGGGCGAAAAAUGUCUAAAACACUAGGGAAUGUAAUAGAUCCUCUGGAUACAAUCAAGGAGUAUGGUACUGAUGCUUUGCGAUUCACUCUUGCGCUGGGAACCGCUGGCCAGGAUCUUAAUUUAUCAAUGGAAAGGUUGACUGCUAAUAAAGCAUUCACUAAUAAACUAUGGAAUGCGGGUAAGUUUGUGUUACAAAACUUGCCUAGCCAAACUGAUGCAUCAGCUUGUGCAGCAAUACUGGCUCAUAAGUUUGAUGUAGAGGAGUCAGUUCUCAGGCUACCUUUACCUGAAUGUUGGGUGGUCUCAGAACUUCAUGAGCUCAUUGACACAGUCACUGCAAGCUAUGACAAAUAUUUCUUUGGAGAUGUCGGAAGAGAAAUCUAUGAUUUCUUUUGGAGUGAUUUCGCUGAUUGGUACAUCGAAGCCAGCAAAGCUCGCUUAUACCAGUCGGGAGGAGAUUCAACCGCUUCUCUGGCACAAGCUGUUCUAUUAUAUGUGUUUGAAAAUAUAUUGAAGCUGCUGCAUCCUUUUAUGCCCUUUGUUACUGAAGAACUUUGGCAGGCUCUCCCUAACUGGAAAGAAGCUCUAAUAAUUUCAUCAUGGCCCCAGACUUCCCUUCCACGGCACGCUAACUCGAUAAGGCAAUUCGAAAACUUCCAAGCUUUAACUAGAGCAAUCCGAAAUGCUCGAGCAGAAUAUUCCGUAGAGCCAGCCAAGCGCAUUUCUGCAUCAAUAGUUGCCAGCAAAGACGUCGUCCAGUAUAUCUCUAAUGAGAAGGAAGUGUUGGCCCUUCUAUCCCGGCUAGACGUACAGAACGUCCAGUUCGCCACUUGCCCUCCAGAGGAGGCGAACAAGUGCGUGCACCUUGUUGCAAGCGAAGGACUGGAAGCGUAUCUCCCACUUGCUGACAUGGUCGAUAUAUCUGCUGAAGUGGAUCGCCUUGGCAAGCGGCUAGCCAAGAUGGAGACCGAGUACGAGGGUCUCGUACCUCGCCUUGGUUCGCCCAAGUUCGUGGAGAAGGCUCCAGAGGACGUGGUCCGUGGGGUUAGGGAGAAAGCAGCAGAGGCAGAAGAGAAGAUCAAGCUGACGAAGAACCGGUUGGAGUUUCUGAGAUCCUCUGCUUUGGUAUCACAGAUCUGGAGUACAUACACAUUCACAAGACGGCGAGGCUGCUGGAGGCGGCCGUGGUGUGCGGCGCGAUUCUCGGGGGCGCGGACGACGAGAGCGUGGAGAAGGUGAGGAGGUACGCGCUGCGCGUGGGGCUGCUGUUUCAGGUGGUGGAUGAUAUUUUGGACGUGACCAGGUCGUCGGAGGAGCUGGGGAAGACGGCGGGGAAGGAUCUGGCGAGCGAUAAGGCCACGUACCCGAAGUUGUUGGGCCUGGAUGGGGCCCGGAGGUUUGCUGCGGAGCUGGUGGGCCAGGCCUGUGAGGAGCUGGCCGGGUUUGAUCCGGUUAAGGCCGCCCCGCUUUACCAUUUCGCUAAUUACAUUGCGACCAGGCAGAACUAAUUGAUUGAUUUCUUCCAGACUUUGUUGUUAUCGUUUAAUUGUAUUAAUUAAUCUGUCGACUGAUCGAUACUCUGCCGGCCGGCCGGCCGGCCGGGGUUGAUUAUUGGUUAAGUACCGAUGAAUUAGAUUUGUUUGUUUGUUGGUUGUAUACUCCGCCAUGGUUUUUUGGCUGUUUUCAUAAUUAGAAGAGACAGGAGAUAUAUAAUGUACUAUUUCAUGACAAUAAUCUGGUCAUCACAACUUCAUUGAUGGAUUUCCUAAUAAUGUACUUAAUUAAGAAAUGUAAUGUAAUC